UUAUGCUUUUAACGUGACUUGUUCCGUUGUGCUCUUGAGCAUCCAACAUUUUAUAAAAGUACCUAUUCAUGAGGGCAGCAUGGUCGGUUGCAACGCGGCCACGCUCUCUGGCGCCGGUAUUGGCCCAUCUUAGCCCUCCCCCGCCAGCACAGGCUUUAUCAUGGCAUACACACCAUUUCCUAGGGUUGCAACGAUGCCUGCUAUCUUCCAAGCCCCAACCCCAGCCUCUCCUUACCCUUGCUAUUGAGUCCUCAUGUGAUGACACGUGCGUUACAGUGCUGGAGAAAGACCAUGGCGCUGGCCGUGGAGCAGCGCGGCUUCUCUUCGACAAGAAAAUAACGUCUGAUAACCGGCAGUUUGGGGGCGUGUGUCCUAUGACUGCCGUUGCGUCGCAUACUCAGCAUCUUGCGGGGAUGGUGCGGGAAGCUAUGCGCGCGUUUCCUGACGCAGGAUCGAAAGGGACGAGAGACGAGGCUGCGGGCGGGAACGUAGUCUGGGUCGAUGGUCGGCCGCGCAGAAAGCCCGAUUUCGUUACGGUCACACGCGGCCCGGGUAUGAUGUCGAACCUAUCGACGGGCCUGAACACGGCUAAAGGGCUCGCCGUCGCUUGGGGUGUACCACUGCUAGCCGUUCACCACAUGCAGGCGCACGCGCUGACACCACGACUAGUCAGCGCUCUCGAGGCUGGGAGGCGGGAGAGAAAGCAGACAGAGGGGCAACCAUCAAACCAGGAGAAAGAACUAGACUCAACCCUGACCCCAACCUUCCCCUUCCUCUCCCUCCUAGUCUCAGGCGGCCACUCCCUCCUCGUCCUAUCCCGCUCCCUCACCAACCACUCCAUCCUCGCCGAAGCCCAAAACAUCGCCAUCGGGGACAUGCUCGACAAAUGCGCGCGAGCCAUCGUCCCCGCCUGCGAGCUCGCCAGCAGCAGCAACGGCGUCAUGUAUGCCGCGCACCUAGAGCGCUUCGCUUUCCCAGACGGCCCCUCCGACUACGCAUACACCCCGCCCCCCACGCGCGCGGAAGAGAUCAAGAUCUUCGAUCCCGCGCUCGGCUGGAAACUAACCCCGCCGCUCUCCGAGACCGUCGACAUGUCGUUUGAGUUCGCGGGGCUGAACGGCCAGGUCAUUAAGGUUAUGCUGGAGAACCCGGAUAUGGGGCUUGCGGAGCGCCGGCUUGUUGCUCGGCAUGCGAUGCGCCUGGCUUUCGAGCAUUUGGCAAGUCGGUUGUUGCUUGCGCUUUCUAAGAGCGGGGUAGCGCAGGAGGGGGAGGCGGGGGAUAGGACGCUGCUGCGCGACGUCCGCACGCUUGUCGUGGCUGGUGGUGUUGCUAGUAAUCGCUAUCUGAUGCAUAUUCUGCGCGGGAUAUUGGAUGUCCGUGGUUAUAGCCAUAUUGAACUCGUGUGCCCGCCACUACCGCUAUGCACCGACAACGGCGCUAUGAUAGCGUGGACCGGUAUGGAGAUGUACGAAGCGGGCUGGCGGAGCGAGCUAGACGUCCUCGCUAUCAAAAAGUGGCCUCUUGAUCCGCAUUCUGAGGAUGGUGGUAUCCUAGGAGUCCCGGGUUGGAAGAACGUCGAAGAGACAACAUCAUGACACCCCCUUAGGAAAAAGUUUACCUAGGAUCGGGGAAAGCGAGUCAUCUUGUACGACUACUAUUUGUACUAUAUUGCAUAGCGUGGUAUAGCAUACACUGGAGUUUGGCUACCUAGGGAAAGCAAUGCGAAUCUGGUUGUAGAAAGGGGGUAGAAGGUCUUGAUUCCUUAAUUGUUGUACAUUUACGCAGCGGAUCCUGGGUAGUGACCCGGGGGAAUUCGCCGAGAUAGUUAGGUACUGAGAUAGUCUAUCAAGCUCUGUUUUGCACUCCCCCCUUAUUCCCUACCACAUACUAGCUGAUGCUCCCUGAUAUCAUCCAGCAUGCACUUCGUAAUAAUUCAUCCCUAACCAAAACCAUGAUUUAGUCCAGGGAGCUGGUAACGUUGGUGAACUC